UAUAUAUUUUUUCCGUUUAUUGUAUCCGUCGGAAUCUGAUACGGACACAAAUUUAUCACACCCUUACGGAUUCUUUUCGAUGUUCAUAUAAGAACCAUUAUCAUUCGACGUUUCAGAAGCCACUCAUAUUACAAAGGUAAACCAACGUCAUCAAUCGGCAAUAUGGUUUCCUACAAGAUAACGGUGAAAACUGGAGACAAAAAAGGAGCUGGGACGGAUGCUAAUGUUUAUAUAGUAAUUCACGGAAAAGGUAUCCAGACAAACAAGUUCACUCUUGAUACAUUCUUUAAAAAUGAUUUCGAGAGAGGUAACAUUGAUAACUAUUCCGUCAAUGCUGACGUCAACAUACCAGAAGUACAAAGAAUCGAGCUGUGGCGAGACGCAUAUGGUUUGUUCAGUAACUGGUAUUUAGAUUGGAUUGAAGUAACUAACUUGGCAACUAACAUCACAACAAUAUUCCCAGCAAUGAAAUGGAUCAAAGAGAACCAGCGUUACUUCUUCAACCACAUAGACACAUGUUUACCCCAAGACGAUCCAUUCAAAGAAAUGAGAAUGUUAGAGCUUCAGAACAUACAGAAAGAUUAUCAGAUUCAAGUUAAGAUACCUGGAUUACCUGCUCAGGUAAAAGAACUACCAGACGAUGAGAGAUUCUCAUUUGACUAUCAAUUCAACAUAGGUCUAAAAAGCAAAAUCUACAGAGAAGAAAGUCAGAGAUUGGUAAAGGCGAGCGGCGUCGAGUGGAAGGAUGUCGAAGACGUUAAGUCUGUGUAUACUCCUCUUUUUGGAAUCCCACAGGGUUCUAAAACUUUCAAUGAUGAUGCUGCAUUUGGACGUCAGAGGUUGAACGGUUUAAAUCCUUCGAUAUUAAAUCUCUGUACCAACAUUCCUAAAAGUUUUGGAGUAACUGAGAUAAUGGUCAAACCGUUCUUAGAGGGCAAGACAAUGAAACAAGCCAUGGAUGCUAAAAGGCUAUUUAUCAUAGAUAUGGCGAUAUUGGAAGGCUGUCCAACUACGGGGGAAAGCAUUAUGACAUGUCCAUUUGCUCUAUUUUAUUUCAACGAUGCCAAAUGUCUUAUGCCAAUAGCCAUACAACUAUUUCAACAGAAAGGACCAAGUAAUCCUGUAUUCCUACCUUCAGACCCAGUGUACACCUGGAUGUGGGCAAAGAUGUGGUACAGCCUAGCUGAUUCUACAUAUCACCAAUCUCUUACUCAUCUAAAUUUUACUCAUUUGAUGAUGGAAGGAAUAAGUCUCGCAGCCAAGAGAAACCUAGCGCCAGCACAUCCAAUUAUGAAAUUACUAAAUCCUCAUUUCAUAUAUCUCAUGGCAAUUAACAGUUUGGCACUUGGCAUAUUGAUUAAUCCUGGUGGCGCCAUAGACAAAAUUUCAAGUGCAGGUAUCAACGGCCACUUUCACAUAAUGAAAAAGAGUAUGGCUUUCUGGAGAUUGGAUAUACAUGGUUCUCUUCCAGAGGAUUUAAAGAGGCGAGGGGUUUUUGAUCAGUCUGUCCUGAACGGAGCCUAUCAUGUAAGAGAUGAUGCUCUGUUGUUAUAUGAUGUCAUUAGAACCUAUGUAAAGAAAUACGUAGUGCAUUAUUAUUCCGCAGAAAAUUCUAUGACUGCAGAUUAUGAACUACAGAGUUGGGGAGCAGAACUUGUAAAGUCAAGGGAUGAUGGCGGAAUUGGAAUCUUGGGAGUCCCGAACAACGGUAAAUUUGUAGCAACAGACCAACUUGUCCUAGCAUUGACAGCUAUUAUCUACACGUGCAGUGUUGGUCAUGCCGCAGCCAACUUCCAACAAUAUGAUGAAUAUGGUGCUCCGUUUAAUUAUCCAUACUUUCUGUCUGGAAGUCCACCGAAAGAUAAGAGUCCAGUUACUAUAGAAACUGUCCUUGGGUCUAUUGCAAACAGAAUCAAGCUUCUAGAGUCGAUGACCAUCACAAAGGUUCUCAGUGAGAAAGGAACACAAAGUCUAGGUGAUUUUGAAAAACAGUUAAUAGUGGAUCCACCAGCAAUAAAAUUUGUUGAAGAGUUUCGACAGAACUUACGGGAGAUUGGUAAGACUAUUGACGAAAGAAACAAAAAUAGGAAAUACCCCUACGAUGAGCUUCAUCCAUCGGCAAUUCCAAAUGCCAUUAGCAUUUAGACACACAAUUGAUGAUUUCUGUCUUUUAAGCCUUUAUAGCUUAUGUAGGCAAAGACAAAGUCCCUAGACGGGUUGAAACAUAGUGUGUGUUGAUUUCCUUAAAUAUAUAAGAAUACAGCUGC